ACUUCCGGCCGGAGCCAAGAUGGCGGCGGCGCGGCCGCGGGCGCCAGAGCGACGGCGGCGGCGGCGGCGGCUCUGGGCUCGCUGAGGCGCUGGCACGUCGCGCUCUGGGUUCAUGUAAUCAAAGAAGUUUCUUUGUUGUGUGUAUCUUUACAGAAUACAACAGGAAUUGAAAAUGCAUCAGAACACUGAAUCUGUGGCAGCCACUGAGACUCUGGCUGAGGUACCUGAACACGUACUGCGAGGACUUCCAGAGGAAGUGAGACUUUUACCAUCUGCGGUUGACAAGAGUCGGAUUGGAGUCUGGGCUACUAAACCAAUUUUAAAAGGGAAAAAGUUUGGGCCAUUUGUUGGUGACAAAAAGAAAAGAUCGCAGGUCAGGAAUAAUGUGUACAUGUGGGAGGUGUACUACCCAAAUUUGGGGUGGAUGUGCAUUGAUGCCACCGAUCCCGAGAAGGGCAACUGGCUACGCUAUGUGAACUGGGCUUGCUCAGGAGAAGAGCAAAAUUUAUUUCCACUGGAAAUCAACAGAGCCAUUUAUUAUAAAACCCUAAAGCCAAUCGCGCCUGGCGAGGAGCUCCUGGUCUGGUACAAUGGGGAAGACAACCCCGAGAUAGCAGCUGCGAUUGAGGAAGAGCGAGCCAGCGCCCGGAGCAAGCGGAGCUCUCCGAAGAGCCGCAGAGGGAAGAAGAAAUCACAAGAGAAUAAAAACAAAAGCAUCAGAACCCAGGCCACACAGCUGAAAGCAAGUGAACCAGACUCUCCCUUUGCCAACAUGAGAGGCUCUGCAGAAGGUCCUAAAGAAGAGGACGAGAGGCCUUUGGCUUCUGCACCUGAGCAGCCAGCCCUUCUGCCAGAGGUGGUCAGCCAGGAUGCAGUUCCACAGGUGGCCAUCCCUCUUCCAGCCUGCGAGCCACAGCCAGAGCCAGAUGGGAAGCAAGAAGUUACAGACUGUGAGAUCAAUGAUUUGGAGGAAGAGGAAGAGGAGGAUGAGGAUGAGGAGUUGGAAGAGGAAGAGGAAGAGGAGUUGGAAGAAGAUGGAGAGGAAGAAGCUGACAUAUCUAACGAAAGCUCUGUGAAAGAGCCAGAAAUACGGUGUGAAGAAAAGCCGGAGGAUUUAUUAGAAGAACCACAGAGUAUUUCAAAUGAAACUUCUGAAGACUCUCCAGACGUGAUCCCUCUUCUCCACAUCCCCAGAACUAGAGAGGAGGCCAAUGGUGAUGUGUUUGAAACAUUUAUGUUUCCAUGUCAACAUUGUGAAAGAAAAUUUGCAACCAAGCAGGGGCUUGAACGUCACAUGCAUAUCCACAUGUCUACAAUCAAUCAUGCUUUCAAGUGCAAGUACUGUGGGAAAGCGUUUGGCACACAGAUUAACAGGAGGCGGCAUGAGCGUCGCCACGAAGCAGGGUUAAAGAGGAAGCCCAGCGUGACACUACAGCCCUCAGAGGAUCCAGAUGAUGGCAAGGGAGAAAACAUCAUUUCUAAAGAUGACUUGAGUCCACCUCAGCUUGCGCAAGACUCUUUGAUAUUGAACUCAGAGAAAUCCUCACAGGACAUAGUAAAUUCAUCUUUCAUGGAAGAGAAUGGUGAAGUUAAAGAACUUCAUCCAUGCAAGUACUGCAAAAAGGUAUUUGGAACGCACACCAAUAUGAGACGACAUCAGCGCAGAGUUCACGAACGCCACCUGAUUCCCAAAGGCGUCCGGCGAAAAGGAGGACUCUUAGAAGAGCCGCAGCCACCAGCAGAGCAGCCCCCACCCUCCCAGAAUGUCUAUGUACCAAGCACAGAGCCAGAGGAGGAAGGGGAAACGGAUGAUGUGUAUAUCAUGGACAUUUCGAGCAACAUCUCUGAAAACCUAAAUUACUAUAUUGACGGUAAGAUUCAGACCAACAACAGCACUAGUAAUUGUGAUGUGAUUGAGAUGGAGUCUAAUUCUGCACACUUGUAUGGCAUAGAUUGCCUGCUUACUCCGGUAACUGUGGAGAUUACUCAAAAUAUAAAGAACACCCAGAUCUCUAUAACAGACGAUCUUCCUAAGGAGUCUCCCAGCAGCACAAAUUGUGAAUCCAAGAAACGGAGGACUGCCAGUCCGCCUGUGCUCCCCAAAAUUAAAGCUGAGGCAGAGUCUGACCCCACGGCACCCUCAUGUUCUUUAAGUCUACCUCUGAGCAUAUCAACAACAGAGGUGGUAUCUUUCCAUAAAGAGAAAGGUGUCUAUUUGUCUUCAAAACUCAAGCAGCUUCUUCAGACCCAGGACAAGCUGACUCCUGCAGGGAUCUCAGCAGCCGAAAUUCCUAAGUUAGGCCCUGUGUGUGUUUCUGCUCCCGCAUCCAUGUUACCUGUGACCUCUAGUAGGUUUAAGAGGCGCACCAGCUCUCCGCCCAGCUCUCCACAGCACAGCCCUGCCCUGCGAGAUUUUGGGAAACCAAGUGAUGGGAAAGCAGCAUGGACAGACACAGUUCUGACUUCCAAGAAACCCAAGUUAGAAAGUCGUAGUGACUCACCAGCCUGGAGUUUGUCUGGGAGAGAUGAGAGAGAGAGUGGAAGCCCUCCUUGCUUUGAAGAAUACAAAAUAACAAAAGAAUGGGCAGCCAGUUCCACUUUCGGCAAUGUGUGCAACCAACAGCCAUUGGAUUUAUCCAGUGGGGUCAAACAGAAGUCAGAGGGCACAGGCAAGACUCCAGUCCCUUGGGAAUCUGUACUGGAUCUCAGUGUGCAUAAAAAGCCUUGUGAUUCUGAAAGCAAGGAAUUCAAAGAGAACCAUUUGACACAGCCAUCCUGUGGUACUGCAAAGAAGAAAAAACCAACCACCUGCAUGUUGCAAAAGGUUCUUCUCAAUGAGUACAAUGGUGUUAGCUUACCUACAGAAACCACAGCAGAGGUGACCAGGAGCCCAAGUCCCUGUAAAUCCUUAGAUACGCAGCCAGAUCCUGAAUUUGGUCCUGACUUGAGUUGCUCAGCCCCUGCUGUUGAGUCCCCACCUGAAGUUGUUAACCCUUCAUCACCCCCUCUCCAGACAGCCUCCCUGUCUUCGGGUCAGCUGCCUCCUCUCUUGGUCCCUACAGAGCCUUGUUCUCCUCCCCCUUGCCCUCCUGUGUUAACUGUUGCCACUCCACCACCUCCCCUCCUUCCAAAUGUCCCUCUCCCCACCCCCUCUUCUGAUGCCUCUCCUCAGCAGUGCCCCUCUCCGUUCUCAAAUGCCACUGCCCAGUCUCCCCUUCCAAUUCUCUCCCCAACAGUGUCCCCCUCACCCUCUCCCAUUCCUCCUGUAGAGCCACUCAUGUCUGCUGCUUCCCCUGGUCCUCCAACACUUUCUUCCUCUUCCUCCUCUUCCUCUUCUUCCUUCUCUUCCUCUUCAUGCUCCUCCACAUCCCCGUCACCACCCCCUCUCUCAGCAGUGUCAUCUGUGGUUUCCUCUGGGGACAACCUGGAAGCAUCUCUCCCCGCAAUAACUUUCAAGCAGGAGGAGUCAGAGAAUGAAGGUCUGAAACCCAAGGACGAGGCCCUUCCUGCAGGUGAACAGAGUGUGGUCCAGGAAACAUUCAGCAAAAACUUUGUUUGCAAUGUCUGUGAAUCACCUUUUCUUUCCAUUAAAGAUCUAACCAAACAUUUAUCUGUUCAUGCUGAAGAAUGGCCCUUCAAGUGUGAGUUUUGUGUGCAGCUUUUUAAGGGUAAGACUGAUCUGUCAGAGCAUCGAUUUCUGCUUCAUGGAGUCGGAAAUAUUUUUGUGUGUUCUGUAUGUAAAAAAGAAUUUGCCUUCUUGUGCAAUUUACAGCAGCACCAGCGUGAUCUCCACCCAGAUGAGGUGUGCACACACCACGAGUUUGAAAGUGGAACCUUGAGGCCCCAAAACUUCACAGACCCCAGCAAGGCCCAUGUGGAGCUUAUGCAGAGUCUGCCAGAAGAGCCUUCAGAAACUUCUAGAGAUGAGGAGUUAAAUGAUUCCUCUGAAGAGCUUUACACAACCAUCAAAAUAAUGGCAUCUGGAAUAAAGACAAAAGAUCCAGAUGUUCGUCUCGGUCUCAAUCAGCACUACCCGAGCUUUAAACCACCCCCAUUUCAGUACCACCAUCGAAACCCCAUGGGGAUUGGGGUGACAGCCACAAACUUCACCACGCACAAUAUUCCACAGACUUUCACUACUGCCAUUCGCUGUACAAAGUGUGGAAAGGGUGUUGAUAAUAUGCCCGAGCUGCAUAAACAUAUCUUGGCGUGUGCAUCUGCAAGUGACAAGAAGAGGUACACCCCUAAGAAAAACCCAGUGCCCCUGAAACAAACUGUGCAACCCAAAAACGGAGUGGUAGUUUUAGACAACUCUGGGAAAAAUGCCUUCAGACGGAUGGGGCAGCCCAAGAGACUGAGCUUCAAUGUUGAGCUCAGCAAAAUGUCUCCAAAUAAGCUCAAGCUAAGCGCAUUAAAGAAAAAAAACCAGCUGGUGCAGAAAGCGAUCCUUCAGAAGAACAGAUCUGCAAAGCAGAGGGCAGACCUGAAGGACACUUCCGAGGCAUCUUCUCACAUCUGUCCUUACUGUGACAGGGAGUUCACAUACAUCGGCAGCCUGAAUAAGCAUGCCGCUUUCAGCUGUCCUAAAAAACCCCUUUCUCCUUCCAAAAGAAAAGUGUCCCAUUCAUCUAAGAAAGGUAGCCAUGCUUCACCUGCUAGCAGUGACAGGAACAAUAGCAGUAAUCCCCGGAGGCGGACUGCAGAUGCAGAGAUUAAGAUGCAGAGCACACAGGCACCCUUGGGUAAGACCAGAGCUCGGAGCUCAGGCCCUGCCCAACCCUCACUGCCUUCAUCAUCCUUCAGAUCCAGACAGAAUGUCAAAUUUGCAGCUUCGGUCAAAUCCAAAAAAGCAAGCUCUUCAUCUUUGAGGAAUUCCAGUCCUAUAAGAAUGGCCAAAAUUACUCAUGUAGAGGGCAAAAAAUCCAAAGCUGUUGCCAAGAGUCAUGCUGCUCAGCUCUCAAGCAAAUCAUCCCGAAGUCUGCAAGUGAGAGUGCAGAAGAGCAAGGCUGUUCUACAAAGCAAGACUGCUCUGGCCAGUAAGAAAAGAACAGACCGGUUCAUAGUAAAAUCUAGAGAGCGGAGUGGGGGCCCAAUCACCAGAAGCCUUCAGCUGGCAGCUGCUGCGGACCUGAGUGAGAGCAGGAGAGAGGACAGCAGUGCCAGGCAUGAGCUGAAGGACUUCAGUGUUUCUCAGUUGGCUUAGAGGAGACUUCGUGAUGCAAGCAGCUCCCAUGUGCCAUGAUUUGCUGUUCUCAGCUCUGCAGAACUUGUGGAUUGCAGCAAACCAGGAUUGUAAGCCAUGUCCAGCAUCAGACACUUGCACUUGAAAGCCAGUGUAGGAUAGGGUUCUGCAGCUUUUAAGGCCAUGUGCCACCAGCCACAUGGAUGUAGUCAGAACACAGCAUUGAGCACAGGACUCCACAGAUGAUCAGUUGGCCACUUCCUAGAUCACCAGCAAGAAUAUCAUUCUGAGGUUAAAAAGCCAUAUGCUCCAAAUGUUUUAUUCAAAACAAAACCACAAAAAAAAAAAAAAAAAAAAAAGAAGAAGAAGAAGAAAAGAAAAAGAAAAAAAAAAAAAAAAAAAGCAGGUGAGCCUCUCCCUGAGUGUGAGGCACAGUCUGCCUGGGCCUUCUUGCCGCUGCUUUUGGAUCUGUUGCUGAAGACUCCUUUCCAGAGAGGAGAAGCAGACUCUUACCAUGUUCUUUCCUGUAAUCCAAAGAGCUGUUCUGUCCAAGCAAUAUUUCCAUUUUUCAUGACGCCCCAGCUCCUUGUCCAGAAGUCAGAAAGCUAGAGAAGCAGCAGCUCUAGCACAGGUUCCCACCACUUCCUGGUGCUGAGUGAACAAAGUGAUCUCUGACACACACAGCCCCCUCUCCCCAUCCCAGGGCCCAUACCCACUGCAAACUGUGGGUUGGAAACAGCCCUGUUUCGUUAGGGCAGGAAUCAAGUUGUUAAAACGAUUAGAGACAUUCAUGUUUCUGUCUGGUGACGUUUGUCUUACAGUCUUUUCACCUUUUUCUUUAACAUGGUCAGUUCAUACAAGGUUGUGUUGUGUUAUCAUUUAUCUUCAGUUUUUUUUAUUUCUUAGGCACUUCUUGUAGAAACACUCCCCCCCAAAACCAACCAACCAAACAAACAAACUUUAAACUUUUCCUGACUAAAAGGUAUUGCAUGCUCAGCUUAGGAUAAGCACUACGGCAAAGGAUAUGACAUCUACCCAGCUUGCGAGACCAGUGGAAGCCGACUCAAAAGCUGUACCAUACAGUUGUACCACAGGCUUCUUGCUUUGCUUAGAGUCAAGCAUCUGUCUCCUUGGUGGAGCCAGAUGUGUGCUGGGCUCUCAGGUGACUGAGAUCCAAAGAGAAAGGAGCUGUAAGAUGGGCUAGAAUGGACUGGCUGCUUCCUCAUCAUGGAAAUGGCCACUCUGAGUGGUUCUUGAGUGGCAGAGAGCAGCAAAGGGAGCAAUUGAACUGCACCUUGCAAAGCAAGUAGCUCUUGUUUUUGUAUCAGUGGUCCUCAUAGUUUCAGGGAUGACAGAUUGGGUGUGCUUACCUCAGAACACUUGCUUACACACCAGCCCUUGAUGCCUUUCUUCCAUGUGAAUUACACAGAGAGGCAUUUAGCUGUUUCCUAGCCCUCUCCCCUUAAAAAAAUUUAAUCACAAGCAGAUUGCCAGCAGAAUGCAGAGAAAACCAGAUUGGAUAUGGACUCCUUUUCAUGCCUCUGUUAGCAUAAUGUUUAUCCAGCUGUACAUUUUCCUCUUAUUGUCUGGCACUAGUUUAUAGCUAUUAUAUUAUGAGAUGCUAUGUAGCCGUGUAUCAGUGCACGGAAAGCAUCCAGGCCUGUAUGGCUGUUUGUGUCCACAUACCAGGUCUCACUCUUCAGUCUCAGUAGAUUCAAUGCAACAGAUUGGCCUCUCCUUCCAAAGCAGGUCAGCACCUCUUCUCCAUGAGUGCUGAUGCUUCCCCCCCGUAUUAAUGACUGAGUUGGUGGAAAAUGGCUACAUCUUAUUCAUACUGUGUUUUGUACUCAACCUUAAAAGUAAUCUACCUCUUCAGAUUUGUAGGUUAAUACUUGUUUGCUGAAUUUGUGCCACAUUAACCUUUCACUACCAUUCCCAUUUUGUUACAUCUCUGUUAAGGAGACUUUAUGUUGAAAUACUGUAUAAAGCAUUUGUAGCGGUUAAAAAAUAAAAUAUUUAAAAUUAUUUAAAUUGUUUUUGGGUGCCUCAAUUGUAUUUUGUGAUUUAUAGCUUACAUUUUUGUUUGCAUUGUUAAUCUGGACAGUGUCUGCUGUACUGAAGUUUGCUGUUAGUUACUUUAUUGCUUCUUGUUGCAGAGUGCUAUAAAGAUUAUUCUAAUGAAAACAUUAAAAUUUACAAUUUGAUACGCAAAAGGGAUUGUUCAUUGAUUUUUAACAAAUGUAGCCUUGACAGUUCAUUACAGACAUACAAGAGCGAUGUUUGCUACUUGUCCUGUUAGCAUGGAUACAUCCUCUGCUUGUCAGAUGUCUUAAGAUUUUUUUCAUGUUAUUUAAAACACCUGAUAACUAGGGAAGAAUUGGAUGAUGCAUUCUAUAUCAUUGUAACUAAUAAACACUUUGUAAACACUUGUGAAA